ACCUGUCUUCUGGCUGUGUAAAGAUGGCAUUAGAUUUGAAAAUGGAAAUAUUCGCACACAAUUCCUUUUAUCGUAUAUGGAAUAAGGGAGUUAAAGAAAAAGAAAAUCUUAACAUUCAUCAGAUUUAUGGAGAAGAAUGUUGCAAAAUUGAAAAUGUCUCGGAAGCAUGUGAGGAGGUCUUGAUAUCAGAAGAAAGGGCUUUCUCUAAAGAAAUGGAAUGUACAGAAACUCCCAUUGAACAUGUAGGCAAUGGAAACCACAGUGAUGAUCUACAAACAACACAUUUCAGUGAAAUAAAUCAAGAUGUAAGCAAAGAAAAGAGCACGGAAGCGAGUUAUCCAGAGGAUAUAGACAAUCAAACAGAAAUUGCUAGGAGAAAGGAGGUCACAUCUACUAGCGGAUCUACCAGCCAGAUGAUUAAAUCCGACAAGGUUGAAAAUUCCUCUUCGUAUUUUCUACCUCCACAACAAUUCAUAGACUCAUUUAUAGACAAUUUAUAUUCAAGUAACACAGAAAUGAAAAAGAAAACCCCGACAUCACCCGAAGUCUUAUUAACAGACCAGACUGAUAAAUCUUUUCAGAAUAAGGAAGCUAAAUUGGAAGUUAUGGCAGCACAGAAAUGUUGCACAGAAAAUGAAGAUGCAAGCAACAACGAUAAAGAGAUAAGGAAUGAGAAGAGUGUGGAAAUGAGUUAUUCAGAGAAUGGAGACGAUCGAAGAGAAAUUUCUAGGAGAAUGGAGAUCCCAUCUACCAGCCAGAUGAUUAAAUCAGACAAGGAUGAAAAUUCCUCUUCGUAUUUUCUACCUCCACAACAAUUCAUAGACUCAUUUAUAGACAAUUUAUAUUCAAGUAACACAGAAAUGAAAAAGAAAACCCCGACAUCACCCGAAGUCUUAUUAACAGACCAGACUGAUAAAUCUUUUCAGAAUAAGGAAGCUAAAUUGGAAGUUAUGGCAGCACAGAAAUUUUGCACAGAAAAUGAAGAUGCAAGCAACAACGAUAAAGAGAUAAGGAAUGAGAAGAGUGUGGAAAUGAGUUAUUCAGAAAAUGGAGACGAUCGAAGAGAAAUUUCUAGGAGAAUGGAGAUCCCAUCUACCAGCCAGAUGAUUAAAUCAGACAAGGAUGAAAAUUCCUCUUCGUAUUUUCUACCUCCACAACAAUUCAUAGACUCAUUUAUAGACAAUUUAUAUUCAAGUAACACAGAAAUGAAAAAGAAAACCCCGACAUCACCCGAAGUCUUAUUAACAGACCAGACUGAUAAAUCUUUUCAGAAUAAGGAAGCUAAAUUGGAAGUUAUGGCAGCACAGAAAUUUUGCACAGAAAAUGAAGAUGCAAGCAACAACGAUAAAGAGAUAAGGAAUGAGAAGAGUGUGGAAAUGAGUUAUUCAGAGAAUGGAGACGAUCGAAGAGAAAUUUCUAGGAGAAUGGAGAUCCCAUCUACCAGCCAGAUGAUUAAAUCAGACAAGGAUGAAAAUUCCUCUUCGUAUUUUCUACCUCCACAACAAUUCAUAGACUCAUUUAUAGACAAUUUAUAUUCAAGUAACACAGAAAUGAAAAAGAAAACCCCGACAUCACCCGAAGUCUUAUUAACAGACCAGACUGAUAAAUCUUUUCAGAAUAAGGAAGCUAAAUUGGAAGUUAUGGCAGCACAGAAAUUUUGCACAGAAAAUGAAGAUGCAAGCAACAACGAUAAAGAGAUAAGGAAUGAGAAGAGUGUGGAAAUGAGUUAUUCAGAGAAUGGAGACGAUCGAACAGAAAUUUCUAGGAGAAUGGAGAUUACAUCUACAAGCAAAUUGACUGAAUCCUAUAUGGAUGAAAAUUCUUCACUUAUUCUUCCUAAACAAUUUAUAGACAAUUUAUAUUCAAGUAACACAGAAAAACGAAUUGAAACUCCCACUCCAACUGAAGUUUUAUCUACAAAACAAAUGGAUAAAACUUUUCACUAUCCAUAUAAAGUUAAGAAUACCUGGAACUUUUGCUCAAAAAGUCGAGAUACAAACGACAAAGUUGAAGAGGUAAACAGUGACAAGAGUUUGGAUGUGAGCUGCUGUUCAAAGAAAGAAGAGGAACAAAGUGAAAUUAUCAGAGAAGCAGACAUUAUAUCGACAAGCCAAAUGGAUGAGCCUGAAUGGAAUACAAACAUUACCCCAGAUGUUUUACUCAAGCCAAAAGUCUUUGAUUUUGAAAAUCAGGGUGGAAGUAUAGGUGAUGAAAUAGAGAAAAUUGAAACAUCACGAGAAGAUUUAAGAAAAGAACAGGAUGAUCGCGAAAUUAACAUUUUUUUGCGAAUGAUUUUGAUUUUAAGCGACAGACAAAGAGCAAAAUUUGUACACCAGGAGUUUCUAGAUAACGAAGUAACUCCCCAGAAUGUACAGGAGCUUCUAGAUAACGAAGAAACUUCUCAAAAUGUACAGGAACUAUUAGGUAACGAAGAAACUUCUCAAAAUGUACAGGAACUACUAGAUAACGAAGAAGCUCCCCAAAAUGUACAAGCUGUUCCAAAUAAAAAAAAGAAAAAAUCUAAAAAGAAAAAGCCUAAUAAGUCUAAAAAGUGAUACUUUUUUAAGACAAGGUUGCUUUUAAAAAGGAUUAAAUGCCACGACAGUAUAUUUUAAUAUUUUAACGCCAAUAGUUUUAA